UGGGAUCCGGAUGGUGCAGGCCCAGGGCACAUGGGGCUUCCAGCUCUCAGCGGCCGCCCCCCAUAUCAUGAGCUUCCCGGCCUCCAGAAUGUUCUCCCGCUGUGACCUCUUCCCUGAAGAAUUCUCCAUCGUCAUCACCCUGAAAGUCCCCAACCUUCCACCCAAGAGGAAUGAGUACCUGCUUGCCCUGGUAGCAGAAGAGAAAGACGCGCUGCUGCUGGGCCUGCGUUACUCGGCCGCCCAAGUGCACUUCCUCUUCCUCAGCGAGGACCUGGCUGGCCCCUGGCAGACCCGCGUGUCCUUCCGCAGCCCCGGCCUCAUGGAUAGCCAAUGGCACACGCUGGUGUUGGCUGUGUCCCAGGAAUCCUUUUCUCUCGCCGUGGACUGUGGCCUCCCAGUGGACAUAAUGGCUGACGUGCCCUUCCCACCCGCACUCUCCGUGCAGGGAGCCCGAUUCUUCGUGGGAAGCAGGAGGAGAGCCAAAGGCCUGUUCACAGGCCUGGUGAGGCAGCUGGUCCUGUUGCCUGGCUCAGAUGCCACCCAGAAACUGUGUCCCAGCACGAACGCCCAGCUGGCUGAGCUGUCCAUCCCCCGGGCCCUGCAGGGCCCCCCAGGGAAACCCGAUGAUAAAGAUAACGAGGUGCUGAAAUAUCCCUAUGAAACUGGCAUGAAAGUCACCCUGGGAUCCCGGCCACCGUGCUCCAAGGCAGAGGACGCCCAGUUCUGGUUUGAUGCUGCCCAACGGGGGCUGUAUCUGUGUGUGGGCACUGAGUGGGUCUCCGUGUUGGCAGCCAAGGCCAAGCUGGACUACGUGGAGGAGCACCAAAGACUGCACACCAACUCAGAGACUCUGGGCAUCGAGGUGUUUGGCAUCCCCGGGGUGGGGCUCUUUGCAGCCACAGCCAACAGGAAGGCCAGGUCUGCCAUCUACAAAUGGACAGAUGGGAAGUUUGUCUCCUAUCAGAACAUCGCCACACACCAGGCACAGUCCUGGCGACAUUUCACCAUCGGGAAAAAGAUCUUCCUGGCUGUGGCUAACUUUGGACCAAAUGAAAGGGGUCAGGAGUUCUCAGUCAUUUAUAAAUGGAGUCCCCGAAAGCUGAAGUUCACCUUGUACCAGAGAAUUGCCACCCACAGCGCCCGGGACUGGGAGGCUUUCAAGGUGGAUGGCGAGCACUUCUUAGUAGUGGCCAAUCAUCGUGAAGGCGACAACCACAACAUUGACAGCGUCAUCUACAAGUGGAACCCCGGCAGCCAGCUUUUCGAGGCCAACCAGUCCAUCGCCACAUCCGGAGCCUACGACUGGGAAUUCUUCACGGUGGGGCCCUACUCGUUCCUGGCGGUGGCCAACACCUUCAACGGCACCUCCACACAGGUGCAAUCCCACCUGUACAUCUGGCUCGUUGGCUCCUUUCAGCUCUUCCAGUCAUUCCCAACAUUUGGAGCUGCAGACUGGGAAGUCUUUCGCAUCGGUGAGAGGAUCUUCCUUGCGGUGGCCAACAGUCACAGCUACGACGUUGCAAUGCAGGUGCAGAACAAUUCCUACGUCCUCAGCUCGGUCAUCUAUGAACUGAACAUCACUGCGCAGACUUUUGUCAAGUUUCAGGACAUCCCCACCUGCAGCGCUCUUGACUGGGAGUUCUUCUCAGUGGGAGAAGAUCACUUCCUGGUGGUUGCAAACUCCUUUGAUGGAAACACCUUCUCAGUGAACAGUAUUAUUUACAGGUGGCAGGGCUACGAGGGUUUCGUGGCAGUCCACAGCCUCCCGACCUACGGCUGCCGCGACUGGGAGGCCUUCGACACCGCAGCCGGCUCCUACCUCAUCUACUCCAGCGCCAAGGAGCCGCUCGCCAGGGUCCUACGGCUGCGGACUCCCCUUGGCGCAGAGCACCAGGAAGGAGGCAAGACAGCCCUGCUGGCCUCCAACGGGCCCUGCGACAGCAUGUGGCCACUUCUGGUGGCCGACAUUGCCCAGCAGCGCCUGGGUGUCCACUCCCUUUCUGGGCAGCACCGUCACCAUGGUUACAGCCGCCGUGCAGAUGGGCUGGGUGAUCUGGUCGGCUUUGACUCACAGUUGGCCGCCGGCUGUUCUUCCGUCUGGUGCUCAACCAAGCAAGCUCUGGCCUCUUGUUUUGACAACACCCCAAGGCCUCGGUCCCUGGAACAGGACCCACCCUACCAGCCAUCACGAGAACAAACUGAGGCACCCUCAAGCGCAAGCUGGCCCCGGGAACACCGAGGCUGUGCGCCCUUCCUGGUGGGCAGCCGCGUCCUGGCCUCAGGGGCAGCCGGAGAGCUGAGCCUGUAG